AGAACAUAAAGCAUCAGGUUCAGACCAGACUUGUUGAUCUCCAUCAGGAGCCUGCAGGGAAAAACACAGGAGAGCUUUAUCUGUAUAUCCACCUGCUUCUCUCUACAUGGUCCAGGGAUAGCAGGAGGGGCCCCUGGAGCUGCUUCUGAAAAAGGAAGAUCCCAGAAGGAUCCAGGGGUUCUGGCUGUUGGAGAAGAAGAGGUGUCUCUGCAUGAAAACUGGGAUACAGUGGUGGUGGGAAGCCUGGGAAGAAGGUCAUCGGGAUUCCAUGGAGAAAAUGUCCCACUGGUCUUCUGCAUCCCUGCUGCUCUUGGAAUGGAGGUGAAAUGGAAUAAGUUGGCACCUCCAUGUGACUUUUGAUUUUUUUUUUCCCCUCCCCACCCCCUACCACCCCCCCCAAGGUAGACUCCGUUCCUUAGAUUUUAAGAGAGAGGUUCAUUCCGCUCACAGCUAUGCCCGGGUGGAUGAAUAAGCAUGGAUCUCGAUCGACUACCUCGUUGCCUCCGGAUCCCAUGGAUAUUAUCAGGAGCAAAGCUUGCUCAAGACGGGUGAAGGUAAACGUUGGGGGGUUGGCACAUGAAGUUUUAUGGAGGACCCUGGAUAGGUUACCGAGAACCCGGCUUGGGAAACUUAGAGACUGCAACACUAAUGAAUGCCUCAUGGAAAUAUGCGACGACUACAACCUGGAGGAGAACGAGUAUUUUUUCGACAGGCACCCCGGCGCCUUCACGUCCAUCUUGAACUUCUACCGUACGGGGAAAUUGCACAUGAUGGAGGAGAUGUGCGCCUUGUCCUUCAGCCAAGAGCUGGACUAUUGGGGCAUCGACGAGAUCUAUCUGGAGUCUUGCUGCCAGGCUAGAUACCAUCAGAAGAAGGAACAGAUGAACGAGGAGCUCAAACGAGAAGCGGAGACCCUACGGGAGAAAGAAGGGGAUGAGUUUGAUAACACCUGUUGUGCUGACAAGAGGAAAAAACUGUGGGAUUUGUUGGAGAAACCCAACUCGUCGGUAGCAGCCAAGAUCUUGGCAAUUAUAUCCAUCCUCUUCAUUGUAUUAUCUACAAUUGCCUUGUCAUUAAACACGCUUCCAGAUCUACAAGCUAUUGAUGAAUUUGGACAAACCACAGACAAUCCUCAGCUGGCACAUGUGGAAGCUGUCUGUAUCGCAUGGUUUACAAUGGAAUACCUCUUGAGAUUUUUGUCUUCACCAAAUAAGUGGAAGUUUUUUAAGGGACCACUAAAUGUCAUUGACUUGCUAGCGAUCUUACCGUAUUACGUCACAAUAUUCCUCACGGAAUCAAACAAAAGUGUACUUCAAUUCCAAAAUGUCCGACGGGUGGUGCAGAUAUUCCGAAUCAUGAGAAUACUUCGAAUUCUAAAAUUGGCCAGGCACUCAACUGGUCUGCAGUCCUUGGGUUUCACCUUGAGAAGGAGCUACAAUGAACUAGGGUUGCUCAUUUUGUUUCUGGCGAUGGGUAUCAUGAUAUUUUCCAGCUUAGUCUUUUUUGCAGAGAAGGAUGAGGACGAUACAAAGUUUAAAAGCAUACCAGCCUCAUUUUGGUGGGCCACAAUCACAAUGACAACAGUUGGCUACGGUGACAUCUACCCUAAGACACUACUGGGUAAAAUAGUGGGAGGUUUAUGUUGCAUUGCAGGGGUACUGGUUAUAGCUCUUCCGAUCCCUAUUAUAGUCAACAAUUUUUCAGAGUUCUACAAAGAGCAGAAGAGGCAGGAGAAAGCCGUCAAGCGCAGGGAGGCACUGGAAAGAGCCAAACGAAACGGUAGCAUUGUUUCCAUGAAUAUGAAAGAUGCCUUUGCUCGUAGUGUAGAACUUAUGGACGUUGUUGUGGAAAAGACGGAUGAAACCUCAGGAAGGAAAGAUAAAGUCCAAGAUAAUCACUUAUCACCUAGCAGAUGGAAAUGGAAAAAGAGGACCUUGUCAGAGACAAGUUCUAAUAAAUCUUUUGAUGCUAAAGAGCAAGGAUCUCCAGAAAAGACCCGAUCCGGCUCAAGUCCUCAAAACCUCAAUGUCCAGCAGUUAGAGGACAUUUACAACAAAAUGGCGAAAACACAGUCCCAGCCAAUACUCAACUCAAAAGAUUUAAAUCAGCCUAGCAAACCAGCAGAGGAGCUAGAAAUGGGAUCAAUCCCUGGUCCUACAGUACCAAUGUUAGCAACUCACCGAGAGGGAUUUAUUGACAUGAGAAGCAUGUCAAGCAUAGACAGUUUCAUAAGCUGUACAGCUGAAUUCCCAGAGUCCGGCAGGUUCUCACAUAGUCCCCUUGCCAUUCUUCCAUACAGGAUGAAUGUAAAUUCAGGGCAGAACACUUCUCAUGGGUAUAAAGAAAGUCGUGUUAGACCAUUAUCCUCAGAUGUUAGCCGAGAGAGUUUCACAGAUGUUCACCCCAAAACUGAUUUAAGCCGUCAUGCUACAUAUAUUUUGGAAAGCCCAAAAACUUUAGUGAAGGUCAAAAACCCUUUAAUGUUGAGGUCUCUCAAAGUCAACUUUUUAGAAGGUGAAACUAGCUCACUGCUACCUGCACCAAAUGUAUUAAGCCCCACAUCACACAGACAGGAAGGGCCUUCUAACCAAGACACGUCUUUCAUUUAUGAACAUUCCGUACAAAGUCCAGAAACAUCACUGUACACCACAGCUAGUGCAAGGACACCCUCCAAAUCUCCGGAAAAACACAUGGCAAUAGAUUUUACUUUUCACGAUGCUAAUGUACAUAAAUACAUAGACGCUGACACUGAUGAUGAGGGACAACUGCUAGAUGGAUUGGAUUCCAGUCCUUCCAAAGAGUUGCUAGGAACCAUGAGCCCAAAAUAUAACAUAACAAAGAGCGGCCAUCGAACGCAGAGAGAUAAUGUCCAUAGAGGGGACAAGAACCACCUAGAGGGUGCUCCUUUCUUGAGUUCAUCAAGGUAUGUAGGCCAAAACUGCAUUUACGCUACAGAAGGUAUGACUGGAAGACGUCAGGGAAAUCUGGAGACAGUCAAAAUGGAAAACCACAUUUCACCACAAGUCCAUGUGCUACCCGGUGGUGGUGGUGGACAUUCAAAUAAACACAAUCCCAGCAUCUGA